AUGAAUACUAAAAAUCAGAGAAUCCCAAAAUUUGUGAGCAAAUUGAUUGAAAUAUUAGAUGUAAUCCAAUUAAAAAUAUAUAAAAUAGAAUUAAUCUUAUACAGAAAUAAUUAGUUUUGAUGAAAAAGGCGAUGGUAUUAUUAUCCAUCAAUAGGAACUCUUUGAAAAUAAGAUUCUCUUAAACUAUUUUAAGCAUAAUCAUAUUGAUUCAUUUACUCGAUAAAUGAAUAACUACGGUUUUAAACGAGUGAAGAAUCAAUAAGGGAAGUAUGAAUUUAAAAAUCCAUUCUUCUAGAAAAAUAAUAAGUAUUCAUUUCUUUAAUAUUCCACUUAGAAAUAUGAUUCAUUUAGUGAUGAAAAAGAAACAAGAAAAAAUACAAAUAAUAUCACAAUUCUUAGCACUAAAAUCAGAGUUAAACUAAUUCUCAUAAGAAUUAGACUAAUUUAAUUUUUUCGCCUCUUCUGUAUUACUUUAAAUUAUUUAAGUAUUAAUAAAGCUAAUCUAUUUUAACAGAAUCUUAAAAUAAAGCUAAAUUAGAGAUGAUAUCAAUCUCAUAAAAGAAUCUUGAGAUGGAAUAAAUGUUAAGCUAUUUAAUUUAUGAAAAAAAAAAUGGUAUUGAAUUGAAUUGA